AUAACGGACCACUUUCCCGCCACUUACGGACUAGUACUAAACGUCCAGUUUGCAUAUGACACAAUUGACCUGCGAAAGGUCCGGUUAUAGCACCUUCCCAACUUGAAUGUAUUACACGGAGUCACACUAAGUAAUAAGGAUAUACAGAAAAACAAAUGUUUUUAAGUAUAGGUAUCGUGCAGUAGUGUCAACAGCGGUUUUAUUUAUUUACACACAGUGACUGUCAAAUAUGGGAUACAAAUUAAUAAUUUUGUUGGGGUUGCUGCUUGGAGUUUUGUAUUGUAUUCACAUACUCGUUCAGGAUUACCAAGCGGUGACAGCCUCCAAAAUUCUUCGUUUUCUUUUCAAAAGGGAUACCAGUUCGCAUAAUUAUACGAGACCAAGCGUAAGGUGGAGAAAAAUUUUAAUGUAUGAUGGAAUACAAUGCACUCGGUUUCUCUAUUGUGCGCUGGGAACAGCGACAGAAGCGAGGUCGGACGGGGAAGUACGCAGAGGUUUAAUACUAAUGCUCAGCUUAGAACCUCGAGGUGAAGAUAAAGAUUCUCUGGAAGUUUUCGAGAGUGCGUACGAGUUUGGUAGAAAUGCACAUGAUGAAAGAAUUUGCAGAAAAAUGUUCCCAAUGUGUCCUUUCAAAAGUUCAUUGCUACUUGAUCUUAUAAAAUAUUUACUAAGUCGUUAAUUAUUAUAGCUUA